AGUCAAUUUACGUUUCCCUUUCAUAUUUUCUCACACUUUCCCACCGCCCAAACAGCCUCACUCCCACUCAUGACCACUACAACUCUCCUUUUUCCACCGUUUGUCGCUUGCAAACCUCUUUCUUUCACCACCACCAACACUACAACAACUGCAGCCUUCUUUCCUUCUUCCAUACAUUUCCCGUCCAUCUCUUUUCCUUUCCCUAAACCCUUCAAAAGCCCCUUUGUCGUACGCGCCGACGAAGUUGACGCUGAUGGCGGCGGUCCCGACGACUACGACAUGGACGAGGAAGAGGUGGAGGAGCUGGAUAACAAGAAAGACUACGACGUGGAGUACGACCCGCUAGCUGCUUCUGCUAGUGCCGCCGGAGACGACGACGACAUUGCGAUGGUGGAUAGCAAGAGUUUUGUGUAUACGCAAGGCUGGGACUCCGAGAUGGUGGUGGAUUAUAGAAUUGACGAGGACGAGUUUCAUAAAAUCAGUCUGAUGGAAUGCGAUUUCUUUAUUAGGAAACCUCCGGAUCCUGAUAACGACGUCUACGAUUUCAGAGAGAUGUAUGUUACUCCCCCGGAUACUGAUAUUUAUGCGAUACCGAAGGUUCUUGCUCCAAUGCCGCAAAAGUACAUUCGCUGUGCAAAGAGUGAUUAUGGUUGCUACAAUGUCACAGAACCACCCAUUGACGCACCUCGAGAUCCAAUGUACAAAUCUGAGAGGGAGAUUCAUAAGGUAUUCUUGACAAAGCACUUCAGAAACAGGAGGUUGGGUGAUCCAGAGUUUGUGCUAGAUUUUGAGGAGAUUUAUGUUAUUGAUUCUAAAACAAAGUCGAUUACCAGAGCUAAAGUUUUGGUCACAGUUCCAAGAAGCAGAGAUAGAAAGACUGACUUACUUGUAAUACGGGAUAAUGGGACCUCCUUCAAAAUUAUUCAUUCAAGGGAAAGAGAUGAUCCCACCACUGUAAUAGAGAAAGAAGAGUGGGCCAAGAGCAGGCAAGACAUGGAGAGACAUCUGAGAAAGCUUCGGGAUUUCAGCAUUUCAAAUUGGUUCUGAUCAACUUGCAGAAUUAUGUAAUCUUUUCGCGGAGAUAAAUAUGCAACAAAACUGCGGAAUGGUUGAAGGCAGGCAGUUACACAAACAUUUUAGAUUUGACUGGAGACGUUAGCAAUCAUCAGCUAUAAAAUUGUGUUGAUUCCGAAAAUUUUUAUGAGUUUUUCUGAAGAGGAUAGUAGGUAUUUUCUGUCUUUCCGUUUUGUUUGUGGAAGUUGCUUGACCUUGUAAUUUACAUUGUUGCUCUAUGCUCUGGCUUGUAGAAACUUAUUUACACAAAGAAGUCUUGAUGCUUACAAAGUUGCCUGCUCUUGCAUGUGUUCUUUUUCAUUGUAAUAGAGUAUGUUCAUAUGUUUAACUAUUUAAAAUCAACAUGUAUCAAUUAGCUGAUUGCACAAUUAGACUUGCAUUCCUUUGUAACCAGAUCUUUUAUUGGAAUGUCAAAAUUUUGUAACAUUCUAUUAAA